AUGUCGAGUUCAAUCGCCAACCCACCCAGUCCUCCGGCAGUUCCUCUCACGUACUCGGUAGCAGCCUGCUCAGAGCACAGCGGCAAAUAUGAGGCCCAUAACAUCAUGACGGACAGGCCUACAGAUCAAACGAGCCGAUGGAGCAGCGUCAGUUGUGCCAGUCAGAGCGAUCUGUCUCAGUGGAUCCUAUUGCGCUUGGAUGCUCUGAGCAUUGUCAAGAGUAUAACAUUUGGAAAGUUUCACAAAGCGCAUCCUUGCAACAUGAAGGAAUUUCAGCUUUAUGUGGGCAUGACAGAGGACCACUUGACUAAGGUUCUGGAAGGCAGCCUCAAGAAUGAUACUUUACCAGAAACCUUCCCUAUAGAACACGCAAAUACUGACGGUGUCUGCUUCCCUGUUCGAUUUGUCAAGAUAGUCCCACUCUCAGCACAUGGCCAAAAUUUCCACACAUCUAUUUGGUAUGUGUCCUUGAGCGGGAUUUUGACAGAAGCAACCGUUGAGCAAGUUCGUAUACGGUACGAUGAGUAUCGAGAAACUACUGUUCUCCGACACAUCCUCAAGUAUCUCCGACAACGCCGUCUUCUCACUCCAUUCCAGCAUAUAAUUGACAGCUCUCGGCUUCAACUCGAGCAUCCACUGGUUACAAAGCUUCAUCAGGCCCUUGUCCUUCAAGGGGAUUGGGAAGAAGCAGAGACGGUCUUGGCACGUCUCUCUGAAGAAGGAUUGUUCGAAUCCUAUAUCCAAUCGUGCCAUCCAUAUGCUGAGUGGAUCAAAAUCGACGGUGUUAACGCAGAUGGCGAUAAACCCUCGGCUCGAGGCGGACAUGCUAUGUGUAUGGAUUCCGACAAUGGCGUCAUAUAUCUCUUUGGUGGUUGGGACGGAGAAAAAAGUCUCGAUGACUUUUGGGCUUAUGAUGUAGCGCAGAACAGAUGGAAAGUACUCAGCACGAGUACCUCUGCCGAUAAGAAUGGUCCUGGACCACGGUCGUGCCACAAGAUGGUCUUUGACUCUAAAACGGGCUACAUAUACCUCUUGGGCCGCUUGAAUGAAUUCGAUUUGCCUGCACAGGCCGAAGGAGACAGGGUAUCCCCCACAGGCACGAGCACGGCAUGUUCUGAGUUCCAUCGCUACCAUACUCGAGGUCUGAUGGUCGGGAAAUGGGAUCUCCUUUCCUUUGACACUACGACGAUUGGAGGGCCGCCGUUGGUGACCGACCAUCAAAUGGUCAUUGAUAGUGACGCUCAAAUCAUCUAUGUCUUUGGUGGCCGUGUUAUGGACAAGCACUCCGAGGUAGUCAAAUACUCUGGGUUUUAUAGCUAUAACAUACGACUCAGCAAAUGGAGAACCAUACCGGCUAAUGCGACAGACCAUGGCUCGGAGGCAAACCAACUGAUAAUUCCUCCACGCUACGGUCAUUCUAUGCUACUGGACUCGGUCAACCACACGCUGCUCAUAUUUGGUGGACAACACGAGACCAAACACCUCUCCGACAUGUACGCGUACGACACUGCCAAGAGCACUACAACUGAGCUCUUCUCCAAUUUCUCCAAGUCCGGCGGGCCGGACCCUUUCUUCACGCAGAGAGCAGUUAUCGAUCCUCAGUUGGGCGAGCUCUACGUAUUUCCUGGGUUGCAGCGCACGCAGGGAUUAGACCCGCAAACGAUGAUGGUCGAGGCUGCAUCGAAUUGGCUCUACAGGAUCGAUCACCCGCGACCCGGGAAAUGGUCGAAAAUCUUGUCGCACUCCAGCCAGGUGCUUGGAGGUUCGACAGAGGCUUCCCCUGAAACCCCAAGCCCGCGAUACGCCCAUCAAAUCGUUUACGACACGAAAACGAAAACGGUUUACUUGCAUGGAGGGAAUGGGGGAAUAGCGUCCGACUCGGGUACGUCUUUAGAGCGAAGCACCGCGGACGACGCUGCCCGAGAUGAAUCGAGUGUGGGUACGUCGGAAAGGAGGAACGACCGGGCGGAAGGUCGUUUGGACGACUUUUGGAAGAUGGUUCUCAAGAGGCCUGAGCCAUCUGAGAUUGUUCGUAGGGCCACCUAUGUGGUUCGCCAACAGCAAUUCCGAGAAAUGUGCGAGUUGGAGCCGUCGGUCAAGGCACUCCACUUCCUCCAAAAUAACAUCUCGGGUGUGGUUAAUCAUAGCGAUCCCGAAGAGGCUGAAGUAUUCCGGUCGCUUCUCACACACCUCCUUUCCCCAUCCAUUCCGCCUUCGUUUCCUGUCAGCACUUCGACUGCGCAACCCUCCGCUGCCAUCAUUUACGAUGGUGACGAUGAGGGUUCCCCGUCAAUCGAACUUAGCCGUUCUACUACGCCUGAAGGCACCUGGACGGAUUGCUUGGUCGAAGACGACCUUGAGGAUUCGAAAAUGGAGGAAACGCCCACGGAAGUUAUUCGCUCAAUCACCGCAGAGAUAAUGCAGGCUGUCGAAGAUCCCAUGGAAAAAUCCAUCAGAGGCGAGGAAGAGGAGCUGAGUGGGCCCAAAUUCAGACAAAGGACAGAGGUCUUCGAAGUCUUGCUGUCGUACAUAGACCCCCAGGCGAAGCAACCGGACGGCUACCUACCUGACAUGAUGGUCGGGCACGAUAAAGGGAUGUAG